AUGAGCAAUUAUUUUUUAAAUUCGGGACUUAAAAGGGAUGGUUAACUGUAAUUAGUACCUGAACAUGUUAAGUUUAAUUUAACAUAACUAACUCCCUCUAAUGUUGGGAUAAUUUAAUUUUAAUUAAUCUUAGCAGAAUAGGAGUAAAAUAUUAUCGAAUUAAUCGAUAUUCAAGAUAAUUUAGGAAAUCCUUUGAUAAAAAUAACUUUGAAAGAAAGAGAGCUAAUAAUUCAAUAUUUGGAUAAUACUUACAAAUUUCCGAUUCAAUAAAUCAUUUUAUAUAAAUUAUAUCCAAUAUUUAUAUCAUUCUACGAUGAUAUAAGCUUGAUUACGAAUUUUACAGUUUAAAGUUAAAAACUUCAAUAAAGAUUUACAUAUACUUCAAAUAAGGUUGGAAUAUUAUUAGGAAGUAGAAGUCAUUUGAAUGCUUUUACAGGGAUAACUCGAAAUUUGUAGAUUAGAUUUGUAAAUGAAAAUGAAUUGAAAAAACAAAUAGAAGAUGAGAUAAAGAUUUAAAAAUAAAUUCUUAAUGAUUUAAAUGAUAUAGGAUAGAUAAAAUAUAAAUUACCAUUUAGCAAACCUUUAUAAUCAAUUGAAGAAUUAGAUAAUUGGAAACCAAAUGAAGAAUACACUAUUCUUCCAAUAUAAUAAUUAAAGAAAAUAAAUAGAACUACAAAUUAACCAUUAUUAGUAUGUCAUGAUAUGUAAGGUGGAUAUAAGGAAGAUAUUUGGUGUUUUGGAAAUCCUUUGAGAUAGAAUAGCUAUCGUUUUUACUAUAUGACACAUUGUGAUAUUUUUGUAUAUUUUUCACAUACUUUGAUUACAAUUCCAAGUGUUCCAUAUAUAAAUAUUUGUCAUUAAUUUGGUACAAGAAUAUUAGGAACAAUAAUAACAGAAGGAGAUGAUAAUAAAUUGACAAACUAAUUAUUAAAUAUGAAAUAUGUAGAUAAAUUAGUAUAGAUUUGUAAAUUCUAUAAAUUUGAUGGUUAUUUAUUGAAUAUAGAAACAAAUGUGGAUAAUGUAGAUUUAUUUUUAUAAUUUAUAAAAGAAUUGAGUGAUAAAUUAUAAGAGAUUGGAGCUUUAUUGAUGUAUUAUGAUAGUCAUAAUGCAGAAGGUAUUUUAAAAUGGUAAUCUGAAUUGAAUUAAGAUAAUAUGAAAUACUUUUAGGCAUGUAAUUAUUUUUUUAGUGAUUAUCAUUGGAAUUUGAAUAAGUUAUCAAAUACAUAAAAAAAUGCAGGAGAUCAAAGAAAUAAUGUGUUUGUAGGAAUUGAUGUAUGGGGUAGAGGAUAAUAUGGAGGUGGUCAAUUUGAUAGUUAUAUUGCAUUAUAGGAGAUAAAAAAAGCAUAAUUAGGAACAGCUAUUUUUGGUUAAGCUUGGACAUAUGAAACAGCGAAUGGUAGUAGAUCAUAAUUUAUUCAAAAUGAUAAUUCAUUAUGGUAAGGUAAAAAUACAGUAUCAUUAUUUGAUAAACAUAAAAAUUAAUGGGUAAUUACAUCUAAUGGAGGAUCUGGUUGGAAAAUUGUAUAAGAAAAUGGAGAUGAGACAGCUAUUUCAUCAUUUGAUUGGUGUAUUAGAACUUAUACAAUAUAAUUAAAUUUAGUAUCUUCAAACAAAGGGGGUAUAAUUUAAUUUAAUGCCAGAGUUAAAGGAACUGGUCCUAAAUAUGAUGAUUUAUAUGUAAUUAUUUAUAUUAUUAUUAUAGCUUAUUGGAAUAGAGUUAUAUGAUAGAUAAAAUAAAUGCAUUGCAAGCAUUGAUUCAUUCUCAACAAAAGUUAAUAAAAGAGAGAUAUAAUUUAAUGCUGAUUAUGUUAAUGUUGCUGAUGAUAAAUGGAGAGAACAUACUUUAAGUAUUAAAACCACUGAUGAUACACUAUAUGUUAAAUUUAUAGAAGUAGGGAAAGAUAUAGAACAUUGGGCUGGAAAUUAUGGUGCUUAAUUUACAGGAGAAUCUAUGGUUUAUAUUAGUUAUGAUUGUAAUAAAGAUUUAUUAAGAAUGUUAAAGCCAAAAACUUAUUAAGAAUUUCCUUUAUAGACAUAUUUUAAUAAUGCUGUUGGAGAAGCUUAUUAUAUUGAUGGUCAAAAAUUCACUCAUUAUAAAGGAUAUUACGAUAAUUUGAAUGAUUUUGAUUAUUCUUUAUGUUAUCCAACAAAGAAGAUAAUAAGCUAAGAAAUUUAAGAUAAUUGGGAAAGCAGUAUUAAUUUUAGUGAUGCUUGGAAUGGAAGUAGUUGUAUCAAAAUUAAAGGAGAUUUAUAAGUAUAAAAGAGUUUUCUUAUUAAACUAUUCAAAACCAGAAUUGAUCCAUAAGGAAAUAUUAAUGCAAGUAUUAAUAUGAAAAACUUUGAUAAGAAGAUUUUGUAAUUAAGUUUAGUUUUGAAAUACUCUGAUAAAGUAUUGUAAACUUUUAAACCGACAAAAAUCCUAACAAAUAAAGGAUGGAAUGUUUCAUAAUAUGUUAUUUUAAAUCAAGGAAAAGCUUUGAAAUCUGUAUAUCUGAAAAUAGAGAAUAUUUCUUAAUAACAAUAAGCUAUUGAUGGUUUGAUUGGAGGUUUAGCCAUUUAUGAUGAUAGGUAUAAUGAAUAAAUCAAAUUUGCUAAUGUAGAUUUCAAAGAUCCAACUAAAUAUAUUAAAAAUAUUUAAUUAAAAGAAAGUGUUACAAAUCUAUAUGAUUUAUAUAUUUAAUUAGAAUUAGGAGAAUUAGGACCACUUCUAAAAACUAUUAGAGUAUUUAAGUAUAUUAUAAAUAAUUAAUUUUAGUGAUAAAUAAUGGAUUGGAAAUGUUAGAUCUAAUUAUGCUUAUUUCCCUGAAUUCCCUUUUGAUGGAAAAGAAAUGUUUGUGAGAUUGUAGAUUAUUUUAAAUAAUGGAAAUCACAUUAAGGCUGAAUCUGUUUUGCCUUACAUUCUUUAUUCAGAUUAGGUUGUUAGAUUACCAUGAAAUAUAUAUUA